AGAGUGUGGGACAGAUUGCCUGGGAGGGCUAGUUUGUGGGGCCUUUGCAGAUUUGGGCUUCGCACCUCUCCUUACGGCCCAGGCGGCCGCUUUCCCCUCUGGACUUUGCCCCCUGUUUCCCCGCCUUCUCACAGCUUCCCCGACAAGAAGACCUUCCAGGAUUACUCGCUCCACUCCCCCGGAGGCUGUUCAAGAAUGGCUACAACCAAUGAUUAUGACCACCUUGUCAAGUUGCUACUGCUUGGUGACUCUGCUGUUGGCAAGUCAUCUUUGCUGAUGCGCUUCUGUGAAAGCAAGUUUGACGCGAACUUUGUGCUUACAAUAGGUGUCGACUUCAAGUGGAAGCAGGUGGAACGGCAGCAGCGAAAGCUCAAAAUUCAGGUUUGGGACACUGCUGGACAGGAGCGAUUCCGCACCAUUACUCCAGCCUACUACAGAGCCGCCAUGGGAGUGGUGAUUUGCUACGACAUCACUGACAAGGCAUCCUUUGAACACAUCGAUUAUUGGCUACAACAGCUGGAGCAGCACGGCGACGAGGGUGUGCAGAGGGUGUUGGUGGGGAACAAGGCCGACUUGGAAGAAAACCGGAAGGUUUCAAAAGAGGAAGGGCAGCAGUUGGCCGCGCAGUACAACAUGAAGUUCUUUGAGACCUCAGCCAAGAGUGGACAGGAUGUCGACGAGGCAUUUCUGUCCAUUGCCGAUGAUGUCGUGAAACAAAGAUAUUCAGAUGUCCAGCCCAAUGCUGGCAUGCAGUUGAAGAAAGACAAGAAAGGGAAGAGUAGCUGCAAGUGCUGAGACAUGACGACAAGUGCGUCGUGUCAUUUUCCUGAUUCAGAUGUUGGGUGGUCCUAUCAGCACGUGACAGCCUAUUGGCAGAGUCAUUCUGCAUUCCAACUCCAGAUGUGUCAACUCUACAUCCAACUCCGGACGUGUCAAAAGACAGAAAAUAGAUCAGGGAGUAGCCUCACAGCAGCUGAGUUUGCUUCCUGUAAUUCGCCCGAGAUGACAUGAAUGUCAUGACCUUGGCAUGUGGCUGUGUAGAUGAAACUUUCAAGGUGCGGGUUCAGUUUGAUCGAAAGUUUCACAAGCUUGCUGGUUCAUGCCUUCACAUGGUGCAGGCUGUUUGCACCAGAAACGCAGUCCAG